AUGAAAGCUCAAGUAGACACAUCCAUUUCUCGUUGUACUUAUCAUGUGUUCUUGAGUUUCAGAGGAAAAGACACUCGAAAGGCCUUCACUGAUCACCUCUAUACAGCUCUGGUGCAGGCAGGAAUUCGCACAUUCAAAGAUAAUGAAGAUAUAGAAAGAGGAGAAAAAAUUAAGUUAGAAUUGCAGAAAGCAAUUUGGCUAUCAAGGAUUUCAGUAAUUGUCUUCUCAAAAGAUUAUGCAUCUUCCAGAUGGUGUCUUGACGAACUUUUGAUGAUCCUUGAAUUCAAAAGGACCUCUAAACAUAUAGUUCUACCAAUCUUUUAUGAUGUGGAUCCGGCUGAGGUCAAGAACCAGACAGGAGGUCUUGCAGAGGAUUUUGUGAGGCAUGAGCAAAUAGAGGCAGAAGGUAAUGAAAGAAAAACUGAAUGGAUGAAGAAGGUGAAACAAUGGAGGGCAGCACUUAGAGAAGUUGCGGAUUUGGGAGGGAUGGUUUUGCCAAAUCAAGCUGAUGGGCACGAAUCAAAGUUUAUCCAGAAAAUUGUUAAGGUGAUUGAGGAUAAGCUAAACCGCAAGAUCUUAAGUGUUGCACCUUGCCUAAUUGGAAUGGAUUCUCGAGUCACAAGCAUUAAUUUGUGGUUACAAGAUGAGUCAACAGAUGUUGGUGUGCUAGUAAUUUGUGGGAUGGGAGGAAUAGGGAAGACAACCAUUGCAAAAUUUGUGUACAAUUUAAACUAUAGAAGAUUUGAAGGUAGCAGCUUUCUUGCAAAUAUCAGAGAAGUUUCAGAACAACCCAAUGGGUUAGUUCGUUUACAAAGACAACUUCUUUCAGACAUUUUAAAGAGGAAAAAAGAAAACAUACAUAGUGUUGAUGAAGGAAUUAUUAAGAUCAAGGAUGUUGUGUCCUGUAAAAGAUCUCUUGUCGUUCUUGAUGAUGUAGAUCAAGUUGACCAAUUAGAUGCACUAAUUGGAAUUCGUGAUUGGUUUCAUCCUGGAAGUAAAGUCAUCAUUACAACUAGACAUGAGAGGCUGUUGCAGCCUCACAAAGAUCAUGAGGUGCAUAAUGUUGAGAAAUUGGAUGAAGAUGAAUCAUGUGAGCUCUUCAGUUGGCAUGCUUUUGGACAAAACCAUCCUAUUAAAGUUUUUAUGGAGCACUCAAAAAGGGUGGUGCAAUACUGUGGAGGACUUCCGCUAGCUCUUCAAGUUUUGGGCUCAUCUCUAUCUGGGAAAAGUGUAGACGUGUGGGAAAGUGCAUUAGAGAAGUUGAAAACAAUCCCUGAAAGCCAAAUUGUGAAUAAACUCAAAAUAAGCUACGAUUCCUUACAAGAUGAUCAUGAUAAAAAUUUGUUCUUGCAUAUUGCUUGCUUCUUUGUCGGAAAGGACAAAGAUUUCUCAGUUAGAAUGCUAGAUGAAUGUGAUUUCUACACAACAUCUGGGAUUCAAAAUCUCAUUGAUAGAUGUCUUGUUACAAUUGAUAAAAAUAACAAGAUGAUGAUGAGUCAACUACUUCAAGACAUGGGAAGAGAAAUUAUUCGCCAAGAAUCACCCAAAGAGCCUGGGAAACGUAGCAGAUUAUGGCAUCAUAAGGAUUCCUUCAAUGUGUUGAGAGAAAAAACUGGCACUGAAACAGUAGAAGGCCUUGUCCUUGACGUGCAUAUGUUAAUGGAAACCAAAUCUGCCAGGUCACUCAUUAGUGCUUAUAAUUCAAAGCAUCACCACUUCAAAGAGUACUUUCUUGACAAAUCGUUGUCAGAGCAAAGAAAUUCACUGAAGCAGCAUUGUUUUGGCUUCCUCUCUUCUUACCCAACAGGCACGGAGCUUAAAAAUUCAAACAAGUUAGACUUAAAAACUGAUGCAUUUGCAAGAAUGCACAAAUUAAGACUACUCCAACUUAAUUAUGUACAACUUAGUGGAAACUAUGGGGAAUUUCCUAAAGGAUUAAGAUGGUUGUGUUGUUGUGGAUUCCCUUCAAAAUUCCUUCCUAUAGAUUUUCCUUUGGAGAGCUUGGUUGCACUUGACUUGCGUUACAGCAGCUUGAAGCGAGUUUGGAAUGGAACCAAGUUUCUUGGACUAUUAAAAACCCUUAAUCUUAGCCAUUCUCACAGCCUUGCCAAAACUCCUAACUUCUCAUUACUCCCCAAUUUGGAGAGAUUAAUUCUUAAAGAUUGUACUAGUCUUUUUAAGAUUCAUGAAUCAAUUGGCAACCUAGAGAGACUUGCUCUCUUGAAUGCAAAAGAUUGCAAAAAUCUGAGGAAGCUUCCAAGAAACAUUACAAUGGUAAAAUCUCUUGAAAAGCUUAUUAUUUCUGGUUGCUCAAAACUUGAAAAGUUGCCACCAGAUAUGGGGAAGAUGGAAUCCCUAAAAGCACUUCAUGUUGAUGGAAUUGCUUUAAUUCAACUACUCUCUACAAUUGAUGAGGUCAAGCCAUGGCAUGCAUCAGUCUGGCCUUCAGUUUCAACACCAAGAAAAACAUCAGAAAUUUCAUGGAUUUCUUUACCUCGGUUUUUAGUAAGUCUAAGUCUUGUGGACUACAAUUUAUCUAAUGAUGUUUUUCCCAGGGAUUUUAGUAACCUGCCGGUGUUGCAAAACUUGAAUCUGAGCAAAAAUCCAAUUUGCAGUCUAUCAGAUUGGAUCAAAGGUCUAACUGGGCUUUGGACACUUCGUUUAAAUUCAUGUACAAGGCUCCAAUCGCUGCUAGGCCUACCAAGUGUGGAAAAAUUGUUCGUGGGGCGUUGCACAUCACUGGAAAAAAUAAUGUAUCAAUCAAAUAUGUUUGACUCACAACUACUUGAACAUACUGAAUGUACUAAACUAGUUGAGAUUCAAGGUUUAUUCAAGUUGCAACCCAUAGGAAAGGUUGAAACUGAAAUGAUCAAAAACUUGGGUGAUUUCAACUUGGAGUCCAUGGCCAACAUUGAAGUGAACUUUAUAAAUUGCGCAUUACUGACCAACAUUAAGGUGAACUUUGUAAAUGGCACAUUAUUGAAUCUAGUGAAACGCCCCAUCCAGAAGAUUGUUCCAACAGUCCCAACAUGUUUUGGCUUUCCUGAAGCCAAUGAAGAUAUGAUAUGGUUAAGUCAUUGGAGCAUUGGGAAUCUAUUGGAAGGUGGCAAUGAAGUAAAUGUUUCAGUGACUGAGGACUCCGAUACCCAAGAUAAGGCCUAUCCUACUUGUCCAGAGUUAGCAUAUCUAGUGAGGUGUGGAAUAUACUUCCUCAGCAAUCAAGUACUCUCAAAAGAUGAUUUUGUAGUUCCAAUAUCCAACUCGGGUUGGCAAAAAUACUUCAAGCCUCCACAGAAACUACAGAUGAUGAUGAACAAAAGCAUCAUGAGAGUGACCUGA